GGAGGCUUCCUCAGCUUGUGCAGUCCUACUCUUACCCUCCGUCACAUUCCAGCAUCAGGCUCGACCAUGUGGACUCUGACCAGCACCCUGCUGCUCCUCGCCUGCUGCCUCUGGGCAGCCGAGGGGCAGGGCGAGAACGGCAACGCCAGGGCCCCCGGUAACGGGGCACCGGAGACCAGGAAGAGCGUGUGGGAAGACUCUGUGAAGUUCAAAACCGCUUCCAGAGAUGCCUGCACCAUGGUUACCACCAGCCAGGGUGCGUUCUUAGGACUGCGGAUAUCGUGCCGGGAGGAGGAAAACAGUUCCUACUGGUGCGAGUACGGUGGCAUCCCUAAGAGGUGUCUCGCCAACGGCUUUCAGUCUUACUUUGAACGGUUGAAGUUUAUCAUGUGGUCUUCCUUUUACGCCUGCAUGGAUCCCGUGAUUUUCUGGCCCUCUCCUGGCUGCAAACGGGCACCCGGAGAGCCUGAUAUAAUUCAAAUCGCUGAAGGAAGAACUGAAGCAGCCACCACACAGAUGCUAGAUAGGAGCCCGGAGAGGCAGCUUAGUCAGGCCAGACCAGAGCAAUCGACACCAGCACAACCAACCAACCAGCCAACCAAGCCGGCUGUAAAGAGCAAUGCAGAGAAGAUGGCCGAAGAAUAUUGCUGGCAAUCAUUCCAGGGCGUCUGUACCUACGUGAUUGGUUGGUUUCAAAAUGAAUGCAGAGGUUUUUAAUUCCUUGAGAAGAUUACUUCGAAGGUCUGAGCUUAGUGGUGGUGCCCAACCCCGUUUCCCAGAAGAUGGGUUUGAUAAAUGGACUCUCCUGAGGCAGAUAAGCCACUGAAUGUCACAAACAUGUCAUCAUGGAUGUAUACAUUUGUAUGUAGAUGAAUGUGAUUAUUUAGUUAGUUUCUACCUCUUGUAAGUCUUACUUGGGUCCCAUCUCCUAAAUGCGUUUAUUAUGGUUUAACGUUUGUCCUCUUCAUAUGCAGUUAGCCCUAUGAAUAUUUCAAAAUUAUUUAACGAUGCUAAUUAAUUAAUAAAAAUUAUGAAUAAUAAUAAUAAUGUUGUUAAUUUAU